GCCAAAGGCUGGGACUUUACUCCGGCGGCGGCGGCGGCGGCAAACGACUCGGAGCUCCAUCAGCUGCCGCAGGCACCUCGCCUCGAGGCUGAGCCACGAUGAGCGGCAGAGUAGGUGACCUGAGCCCCAAACAGGAGGAGGCAUUGGCCAAGUUUCGUGAAAAUGUCCAGGAUGUGCUGCCCACCCUGCCCAAUCCAGAUGACUAUUUUCUCCUUCGAUGGCUCCGAGCCCGAAGCUUUGACCUGCAGAAGUCAGAGGCCAUGCUCCGCAAGCAUGUGGAAUUCCGAAAGCAAAAGGACAUCGACAACAUCAUCAGCUGGCAGCCACCCGAGGUGAUCCAGCAGUAUCUGUCAGGCGGCAGGUGUGGCUAUGACCUGGAUGGCUGCCCAGUCUGGUACGACAUCAUUGGUCCCUUGGAUGCCAAGGGUCUGCUAUUCUCCGCCUCCAAGCAGGACCUGCUCAGGACCAAGAUGAGGGACUGUGAGCUGCUUCUGCAGGAGUGUGCCCACCAGACCACAAAGCUAGGGAAGAAGAUAGAGACCAUCACCAUGAUUUAUGACUGUGAGGGGCUCGGCCUCAAGCACCUCUGGAAGCCUGCAGUGGAGGCCUAUGGAGAGUUUCUCUCCAUGUUUGAAGAAAAUUAUCCCGAAACACUGAAGCAUCUGUUUGUCGUUAAAGCCCCCAAGCUGUUUCCUGUGGCCUAUAACCUCAUCAAGCCUUUCCUAAGUGAGGACACUCGUAAGAAGAUUAUGGUCCUGGGGGCAAACUGGAAGGAGGUUUUACUCAAACAUAUCAGCCCUGAACAGUUGCCUGUGGAGUAUGGAGGUACUAUGACCGACCCUGAUGGAAACCCCAAGUGUAAAUCCAAGAUCAACUAUGGCGGUGACAUCCCCAAGCAGUACUAUGUGCGAGACCAGGUUAAGCAGCAGUAUGAACACAGCGUGCAGAUCUCCCGAGGCUCCUCCCACCAAGUGGAGUAUGAGAUCCUCUUCCCUGGCUGUGUCCUCAGGUGGCAGUUUAUGUCGGAGGGAUCAGACGUGGGUUUUGGGAUUUUCCUGAAGACCAAGAUGGGGGAACGGCAGCGGGCAGGGGAGAUGACAGAGGUGCUGCCCAACCAGAGAUACAAUUCCCACAUGGUCCCUGAGGAUGGGACCCUCACCUGCAGUGAGCCAGGCAUCUACGUCCUGCGCUUUGACAACACCUACAGCUUCAUCCAUGCCAAGAAAGUCAGCUUCACUGUGGAGGUCCUGCUUCCCGACAAGGCAGCAGAGGAGAAGAUGAACCAGCAGGGGGCAGCCACGCCCAAAUAACAGCUCUCGCCUGCCCCCCUCAGAGCCUUCCUGUCGGUUGUUUCUUUGUAGUAGCGACUUUCCUACAACCUAGUAGCCCUAAGAAACUGGGGUGGAAGGAAGACUUCAGACUGCACAGGAGACUCAGGCCAGAAUCCAAAGAGGACAAAUAGCUAGGGUGGGUCCUUGUCAUCAGACUGCUAAGGGGGUCUCCAGAAACUGGCUCUAACUAUGUCUACCCUGGAGACCUGCCAACUUCACCUGCCCAGUGACAGCUAAGUCAGGGAGAGGAGGGGUACACAGGAUGGCAGCAGGGAAGAAAUUAGAAAGAAGUGAAGAGAUUGGGGUGCCACACUCAGGGAAGUCAGCUGCUGGGAAGACAUUUGCUCCUAAACGAACAUGGAACAAACCUCCAUGAUCGUAAUGAUGGUUGCAAAGGAGCAGGCUGCUAGGCACAGGAUUGGAAUCCCCCCCUCUUCCAAACUUUUGUAAAAGGCUUGAGUAUUUCCCCGCCCCCUCCCCAAGUCUCAGGAGUAACCCAAGUCGGCACUGGAAGGCAAACAGAGGGGCCUCUCUCCCCUAGAGAACCUCGCCAACUCCUGGGCCCCACUGGCUGCUUGUUUAGUUCUAAUGGUUGCCAGUGACCCAGUGUUCUGUGGAACUUUGGUACCUGGCCACUGCUGUCCAGUGAAAGAGAAACCUUCCAAAAGCACAAGGGUAAUUGCCUUCAGGAAUGACAGAUCUGAAAGGGCCCAGGAGGCCGUGGGUGGGUCCUAAGCCUCUAAGUAAGCCUCCACUUGAGCAACCCUACACAAAAACGGGAAGUGGGAGUGACCAGCACACAGACAGCCCUUCCCAGUCUGAGUCUCCCACAGUGCCUGGGAACCGGUCUUCCGACUGACCUGGGAGAGGGCUCGGCAGGUCCUUCUCUGUGGAAGCAGUAACGGCAGGGGAGCGGUGGGUUCCUCUUGCCUCUAAACGCUGGUAGCCAGGGAAAAGGGGCGGCCACAGGCGACCUUGCAGUAGCAGCUCUUGACCCUACACACCUUGCGAGCGAACGCCAGGUUACGGUUACGGACUGCCCAGAAUUCUGGAACGCGGCCCCAGGCCCUUGCGGGGACCCCCUUUCCCCUCGGAAUAAGACCCCGGCCCAGCCUGAGUACUCGUUCACCAAGCAGAGGAAGCUCUGUAUAGGUGCAGGGCUAGCGACCAGAGAGGGCCGAGGCUACCCAGGAUCUAGUCACACACCUCAGGAACAUUUCCUGGCCUUGGUUUACAAUGCUGUUAGGUACAUUAAAGCAAUUUUCAAAUCAAA